UCGCACACGCCUCACUGCUUGAUUGUAUCGCCGUCUGUGCAGAUGACGCACUGAGGUUCAGUGUGUGAAGAUGGCUCCCUUUCCGGACGAGGUGGAUGUUUUUACUGGCCCACAUUGGCGAAUGAAGCAGCUGGUGGGCCUGUAUUGCGAAAAGCUGUCAAAAACCAACUUCUCCAACAACAGUGAUUUUCGCUCAUUUCUCCAGUCGCUGUGCGCCACCUUUAAGGAGUUCAAGAUGCAUGAACAAAUUGAGAAUGAGUACAUUAUCGGUCUGUUGCAACAGCGCUGCUGCACUGUGUACAACGUACACUCGGACAACAAUCUGUCAGAGAUGUUGUCCCUCUUUGAAAAGGGGUUGCACAGCAUUAAGAGUGAAUAUGAGCAGCUAAACUAUGCCCAGCAGCUGAAGGAAAGACUAGAAGCGUUCACGCAAGAUUUUCUGCCGCACAUGAAGGAAGAAGAAGAGGUGUUUCAGCCUAUGCUCAUGCAGUACUUCACCUAUGAGGAGCUCAAGGACAUCAAGAAGCAGGUGAUAGCACAGCACUGCAGCCAGCAGCAGUGGGACUGUGCCGCUGAGGUCCUGAAGGGCUUCAGUUUGUGGAGCCAGGCAGAGCAGCUGCAAAAAGCCUUCAAAUAUGCUGAUCAUGAGAAGACAGAUUAUGAACUGGAAAAGAACGAGAAGUCUUCAGCCCACAUCUCCCAGCUUCCUACAGAAAUCAUGCUGAGGCUGUUCCGCUAUCUGGGCCCUGAAGAUCUGUGUCGCUGUAGUCAAGUGUGCAGCUCUUGGUCUGAGCUGGCCAAGACUGGCUCUCUGUGGAGGCAUCUCUACCCUGUGCGCUGGGCCAGAGGUGAUUAUUAUAGUGGCCCUCCAGGGGAACUGGACCAGGAACCAGAUGAGGACUGGGUCAAGAGUCGACAGAAUGAGGGUCGCGCCUAUCAGGAAUGGGAUGAGGAUGCUGAUGUUGAUGAAUCUGAUGUGUCGGGCCAUACACAGGGCUCCCUCGCUAUUAGCACUGCUCAGCGAGAGAAGAGGCUUCUGAAUGGGAUUAUCCAGAACCUCCUGCCAGCUGUGGGUCCGUCUGUCAAGUCCAUUGUUCUGGCAUACAGCUCUACCGUCUCUAGUAAAAUGGUGCGCCAGAUCCUCAAUCUCUGCCCCAAUAUCACUCACCUGGACCUGACCCAGACUGAUAUUACAGAUUUUGCAUUUGACAGCUGGACAUCCCUCGGAGCCUGUCUGUCUCUGGAGCACCUGGAUUUGUCAGGUUGUGAGAAGAUUACCGAUCACACCCUGAAGAAGCUGUCUUUCGGGCUUGGUGACCUCACGUCUUCCACCUGCUCUGAUAAACGCUCAGAUCGACGAGCCAAGCUCCUCAAAAGUUCCCCUCUGCCUAUCAUGCUUACAGAAGAGAGUAAGCUAAAUCCAAUGCAGCGGAAGCGGCAAGCCAUCAUUUUUAAGCAAGGGACUGGCCGUUGGGGGGCUGCCUCCACCCCCACAAGAGUGUGGGUCUUGGACUCCUCAGACCUUGCUGACAUUGAAGAUGCUGCAGAGUGGAGCCGUCGUGAUGGGAUGCAUCUCCCGGAAGCAGAAAGCUUCGUAGAAACACAGCUUGUGGGAGGCUCGUGCUGUUGCAGGAGGAGCAGGAGGCGCGGGCACAGGACUGGCUCAAAUUCCUCCUACUUGCAUCAGCAGUAUGCAAUGUCCACAGAAACAUUUUGUGGUCACUCCACCUGCUGCACUGGUGACACGGCCCUCAGGACUUUUACUGGGCCCCACUGCGAGUCAGGCACUGCCAGAAGCAGCACUGCAGAAUUUCGGACUAAAUGCUCCCCGUUUGGGGGGAUGCAGUGUCUUGAAAAGAGGACUGACCAAUCAGAGGCAAAACGCUCACUGAGAUUUCUCAGUCUGUCUGGAUGUUAUCAAGUCACAGAUUUGGGCUUGAGGGCUCUGUCACAGCGUGGAGGGCUUCCUCUCCUGGAGCAUCUCAACUUGUCUGGCUGCCUCUUCAUAACUGAGGUGGGGCUGCAGGAGUUGGUGUCAGCCUGCCCUUCCCUCAAUGAUGAGCACUUCUAUUACUGUGACAACAUCAACGGUCCUCAUGCAGACACGGCCAGCGGCUGCCAGAACCUGCAGUGUGGUUUCAGGGCGUGCUGUCGCUCUGGAGAGUGACCCUGUCAGGCAGCCACCUCUCCUAAAAUGUCACGUCACCUUGUUAUUGCACUUUAUCCUGGGAAUACCGGUUGCUGUAUUUUAUGUCACCUAAAAAAUGUUUCUGGAUGAAACUGUAAUUUUGCUCCCGUUGUUUCCAUUUCCAUGUAUAUUAAAUGGAAAUAAUCCUUUAGAAAAGGAAAACCCUGAUGUAUUUGAAGUGACUGAAAAAUUUCAUUCUGGUUCCUUUUUUGGGGGGGAAUUUGAAAAAUUAAAAACUAGAGAAGUAUUAACACCAAGUACUAUGUGUCUUCUGUAGUUAAACCUUGUUUCUUCUCACCAAAACUAUACAGAUUUGUGUAGACUGACAGUUGAUCAGUUGAUUCGUGCAUCUCAAAACAAUGUUUUUUGUUUUUUUUUUUAAACAAGCUUUGUCAUUUAUUGUGGAGGAUGAUGUGGAAAUUGAAACAGGAAUUAAUUUAUGAAUUGAUUGCUGCCUCCCCUUAUACUGAAGCUGACUAUUGUUGAUGAUUAGGAAUCAGAAAGAUCAACUUAUAGAUCACUGUACAUGGUGGACUAUUUGAUCCCCCUUUGUUCUCCUACUUUGAUGUUCAGUUCACUGUUGAUGCUGGCUUACUGAGACACCAGUAACAGAUUUACAGACAUAGGAAUUGGUACAUGGUGUUGCAGUGCAGUCUUAACCCUUUUUUUUUCCAACUUUGUGAUACCAUAUACAUAUUCACCAAAUCAAGCCUGUUGCUUUUAUUUUUCUUUAUGCACUCCAAUAUCGCGGGUGAAGGAAUGGACCAAUGUUCAUAGAAGAGGGGUUUGAACAACACAGAAGAGCUUUCAGAGAAGCUGAAAGGGGAUUCAGAAUGAGAACGCUCAGACUGGGAGAAGCCGACUGUGUUUGGUCAGUUUUCAGGAGAUUGUACUUCACCUUUAAUCAUUCUGCAGCUUGUUCAAGUCUUGCAUGAGGAGUUCUAUUGGAAAUGUUCAAUUCAUAAACAGAACAAUUAAAGUAUCUUGGGGUUAAAA